UGACAGUAAGUUGACUGACUGUUCAAGACCUCUCCUCUUCACUUCACUCUAUCCUCUCAAGCUCUGUCAGGUUGGAUGGGGAGCAUCGCUGCACAGCUAUUUUCAGGUUUCUCCAGAGAUGUUCGAUCGGGUUUGUCCUGCCUCUGGCUGGGCCACUGAAGGACAUUUAGAGACUUGUCCCGAAGCCACUCCUGCGUUGUCUUGGCUGUGUGCUUAGGGUCGUUGUCCUGUUGAGAGACUGCAGGGUGGGAGAUGCAACAAUGGCCUUGAGAACAGCAGGAAGUGUGUUGGGGGUCUUUCUCUGGUCUGUAGCAGUGGUACUGGGUCAGGAUGGCUGGAGUGUGACAUACACCACUCAGAGUAUCUGUACCUUGAAGGGGUCAACAGUGGAGCUGACCUGCUCUUACACAUAUCCCAGAGGUCAUACAGUCACAACAACCUACUGGUUCAACAAAUAUGAUGCUGUUGGUCCUGUAAGUCUGAGUGAUGACCCAGACUACAAAAGACGUGUGACUUACCGUAAGGAUAAAGAGAAUGGUCACACCCUGACAAUCACAGACCUGAGAGAGAGUGACUCAGCUACGUACAAAUUCAGAUUUACAGAUCAGACUGGAACAUGGAGAUAUACUGGUGAUCCUGGAGUCACUCUGUCUGUCACAGGUCUUCAGGUGAAGGUGACUGGUGGACAUCAGGAUAAGACACUGACCUGUAUCACCACCUGUACUCUGACUGACAACCCCACCUACAUCUGGUACAAGAACGGACAACAUCUAGAUGAGAGCACCUCCCCCCAGUACAAAGACCCAGUCUCCAGUAACUAUGGAGACAGUUACUCCUGUGCUGUAAAAGGCCAUGAGGAUCUCCACUCUCCUGCAGUGUGUGUCCAGGGUCAGGACUGCAACAGAGUGACUUACACCAAGAGGACAAUCUGUGCCUUGAAGGGGUCAACAGUAGACAUAUCCUGUACUUAUUUCAGUGGUUAUGAUACAGUCAAAUCAUCACUCUGGUUUAGUCCCAAACAGAGUGACAGGUGGAGGGAUGAGUUGAUGCCUGAGGACCUAACCACAGACCCAGGGUAUGCAGGUCGUGUGGAGUAUGUUGGAGAGAAGGAGAGAGGUCGCUCCACCCUGAGAAUCACAGAUCUGAGAGAGGAGGACUCUGCUGAGUACAAGUUCAUAUUCAACACACAGACAUCAAGAUGGGGACACAGCUUCCCUGGAACAACUCUGACUGUCACAGACCUGCAGGUGAAGGUGACUCCUGCCACAGAGGCAGGGAAGAGGACACUGACCUGUAUCACCACCUGUACUCUGACUGACAACCCCACCUACAUCUGGUACAAGAAUGGACUCAAAGUAAAGGAGGACACUUCCAGCCUGGACUCAGACUCCUUUAGUGAUGCAGACAGUUACUCCUGUGCUGUAAAAGGCCAUGAGAAUCUCCUCUCUCCUGCAAAGUGUCAGAAGUGUUGGAGUGUGACUUACACCCAUCAGAGUAUCUGUGCUUUGAAGGGGACAACAGUGGACAUAUCCUGCUCUUACACAUAUCCCAGUAAUCAUGAGAUCAAACAAGCUUUCUGGUUUACUAAAUGGUCUGGUCUGGAGGCUGAAGAUCUGAGCUCAGUGCCAGGGUAUGAGGGUCAUAUAGAGUACCUUGGGGAUAAGGAGAGUGACUGUACCCUGAGAAUCACACACCUGAGAUUGAGUGACUCUGCUGGGUUCAGGUUCAGAUUCAUAACAUCUGGAGACAAGUUUUCUGGCUCACCUGUCUCUCUGACUGUCACAGAUGUUGUGUUGGAGAUGGAUCCUACAUCUGUGUCAGAGGGGGAGAGAGUCACACUGAGAUGUAGAACCAACUGUACACUGGACCCCAUCACAGCCUACAGUUGGUAUAAGAAUGGACAGUCUCUACCAAACAGCAACACCUCCUCUCCUGUCUAUAUCCUGUUCUCAGUCAGCAGUGAGGAUACAGGCAGAUACUCCUGUUCUGUAGAAGGACAUGAGGAUCUCCCCUCUGCUGAAGAGACUCUCACUGUCACAUAUGGACCAAAGAACAUCUCAGUGUCAGUCAGUCCCUCUGGUGAAAUAGUGGAGGGCAGUUCAGUGACUCUGACCUGCAGCAGUGAUGCCAACCCACCUGUGGACAAAUACACCUGGUACAAGAAGAACGUAACCUCACCAAAAGCAUCAGGACAGAGUUACAGCAUCACUAACAUCAUCUCUGAGGACAGAGGAGAAUAUUACUGUGAGGCCCAGAAUGGAAGAGGAUCUAAUAACUCUACAGCUCUGAUGAUCAUUGUAGCAGGGAAACAGACCUCAGUUGUGACUGCAGCUGUAGGGAUCAUAGUGGUUGUUCUGGUUCUCAUCCUCUGUCUCUCUGGACUCAUGUUGUUCAGGAGAUACACAGGAGGAAGUGAUGCGACAACAGACACACAGAGUGUCCAUCCUGACUGUAACAGUGACACGUACACAGGUCUGAACAUGAGGACCAUGUCCCCUGACUAUGACACGCUGGCAAGUGUCCAUCCUGACCCUAACAGUGAUGCCAACAGUGACAUGUACACACCUCUGAACAUGAAGACCAGGUCACCAGAGUAUGACACCCUGGCAAAUGUGAGGGGACCCUCCCACUGAAGAUAACCACCACAGAUCCUGGACUGAAGAGAAUCACCACAGAUCCUGGACUGAAGAGAAUCACCACAGAAGCUGGACUGAAGAGAAUCACCACAGAUCCUGGACUGAAGAGAAUCACCACAGAAGCUGGACUGAAGAGAAUCACCACAGAUCCUGGACUGAAGAGAAUCACCACAGAAGCUGGACUGAAGAGAAUCACCACAGAUCCUGGACUGAAGAGAAUCACCACUUAAUCUGGACUGAAGAGAACCACCACAGAAGCUGGACUGAAGAGAACCACCACAGAUCCUGGACUGAAGAGAAUCACCAUAGAUCCUGGACUGAAGAGAACCACCACAGAUCCUGGACUGAAGAGAACCACCACAGAUCCUGGACUGAAGAGAAUCACCAUAGAUCCUGGACUGAAGAGAAUCACCAUAGAUCCUGGACUGAAGAGAAUCACCACUUAAUCUGGACUGAAGAGAACCACCACAGAUCCUGGACUGAAGAGAAUCACCACAGAAGCUGGACUGACGAGCUACGGUUCCAAUCCAAAGCCAGGCCUCACACAUCUAUUCUCUUGCAACCUUAUCUAGAUGGUUUUCCAGACCAUGAACUUUAGCUUUUGAGUAAAUGCUGGAAUAGAUGUUUUAUUUUCUUAUGAUGAUAAUUAUGUAUAUUGAUGAUAAAUGGAAUGGGUUAUGCUUCUGCUUUUUUUCAAUGGGAUUUUUUCCAUGUCCAUAUUUCUUCUUGUGUACCAAUCUGUUUCCUAUCUAUAGUUUAAGAUUAUAUUUCUGAUAUUGUUCUAUGGAAUUUUGCAAAUUAGGGAUUUAUAACAUCAAUAGUCCUACUUUCCUCUGCAACUAAUAUGGAUAAUAUUGACAACAGCUUUUUAAUAUUUUUUGCUUUUGGGUCAAGUUUCUCCUGAUGUGUUUCAUGAUGAUUUACUUUGUAUUGCUGUCAGACAUUAUUCCACAUUUGUUAUUUUAUAUUUUAUAAUACUAUAUAUUUUUUAUUUUUUAAUAUAAUCAGUUAAUUACAUACAUUUCAACAUUUGCUGUUUUUUAUAUUAAUUACAAUUGUAUAUUAUAUAAUUGUAUAUUACAUAAUGCUAUAUUGUUCAGUGUCAUGAUAUCACUUGUUUUAUCAUCACAUUUUUCAUUAUUACGUAUUUUAUAUACAGGUUUACCUUUGCAGUUUUUACAGUGUGGUUUAGUGACAAUACAGUACAAGCAUCAUGUUGUAAAUAAGAUCAAAGUUUAAGACAUUAUAUACAUUCAUUAUUUGAUCAACUCAUAAUACAUUGAUUCAUAUAAACAUAAA